UGAGGCCGUGAUGAUCACAAAAAAGCAAGUCAAAAAUCAAAUGCAUUGUUGUUGUUUAUUCAGAUGAGUGAAGCAGAGGUUAAUGGGCAAUUUGAAUCGGUGUGUGAAUCAGUGUUUAGUGAAGUUGAAGCUCAGGCAAUGGAUGCCCUUGACCUCCCUGGAUGUUUCCGAACAAGAAGCCACAGUUACUUGCGUGCCAUUCAGGCAGGCUAUUCCCAAGAUGAUGAAUGUAUACCUGCGAUGGCAUCUUCCAACAUCACCUCAACUAUCAGGUCAACCACAGCUGUAACUUACACAAGUUACAAAAAAACCCCACCGGUACCCCCGCGUACCACAUCCAAGCCACUGAUCUCAGUGACGGCCCAGAGCAGCACAGAGUCCACCCAGGAUGCAUACCACGACAGCCGGGCCCAGCGGAUGUCCCCGUGGCCCCAGGAUGGGCGAGGGAUGUACAACUCCACAGACAGCUUGGACAGCAACAAGGCCAUGAACCUCGCCUUGGAGACUGCAGCUGCCCAGCGCCACGUGUCGGAGAGUGCCUCCAUCCGAACCAGUGACAAGGCCAUCCUGGUGACUAAGGCAGAGGAGUUCCUCAAGAGCCGGCGUUCCUCCAUAGGGAUUCAGGUGGAAACAGCAACCGAUUCAGAUACUGAGAGCAGAGGCCUGCGGGAAUACCACUCAGUUGGAAUACAAGUGGAAGAUGAAAAACGACAUGGACGAUUUAAGCGCUCAAACAGCGUGACAGCAGCUGUCCAGGCUGACCUGGAGCUGGAGGGCUUCCCAGGACACAUCACCAUGGAGGACAAGGGACUUCAGUUUGGCUCAUCCUUCCAGCAGCACUCGGAGCCCAGCACCCCCACCCAAUACAGCGCAGUGAGAACUGUACGGACGCAGGGACUGUUCAGUUACAGAGAAGAUUACAGGACCCCAGUUGACACCUCAAACCUUCCACCACCAGAGCCCUGGCUGGAGCCAGCCAUUGAGACAGUAGAGACUGGUCGGAUGUCUCCUUGUCGACGGGACGGUUCUUGGUUUAUGAAGUUGCUACAUACUGAAACUAAGAGAAUGGAGGGAUGGUGUAAGGAAAUGGAAAGAGAAGCAGAAGAAAACGAUCUUUCUGAGGAAAUCCUAGGCAAGAUCCGAAGUGCUGUUGGAAGUGCUCAGCUCCUCAUGUCUCAGAAAUUCCAGCAGUUUUAUUGGCUCUGUCAGCAAAAUCUGGACCCGAGUGCCAUGCCAAGACCAACUUCCCAGGACCUGGCAGGUUUCUGGGACUUAUUGCAGCUCUCAAUUGAAGAUGUCAGCAUGAAGUUUGAUGAACUGCACCAGUUGAAACUCAAUGAAUGGAAAAUAAUAGAAUCACCUGAAAGGAAGGAAGAAAGAAAGGUUCCUCCUCCUGUACCAAAGAAGCCCCCAAAAGGAAAAUUCCCCAUCACAAGAGAAAAAUCUCUGGACCUACCCGACAGGCAGCGACAAGAAGCCAGAAGGCGGCUCAUGGCUGCUAAGAGAGCAGCCUCUUUCCGGCAGAAUUCAGCCACAGAGCGCGCAGACAGCAUCGAGAUAUACAUCCCAGAGGCUCAAACCCGGCUUUAAAGACAGAAUGCUGCAGAGUUCCUUUUUUAGACAAAAUGCUUGUACAGUUUGUCACUUAUCUGGUAAUUUUUGUCUCAUUCUCUCCAUAAAUAUGCCCUUGCUGUUGUGUUCUUUGUGCCAUAAGCACAGUGGAAUGCUUUUGAUUUUCUCAGAAUUUGCUGAGCUCACCGCAAGAACGACUUCUUUUGUAUUUAUUGUCUGACUUACAAUCAGCUACAAUGGAUAGGGCUUGUUGAGACCUGACUUAUCCAGUAUAUUCUCAGAGGACAACAAGAAACACCUCUUGAGAUGGAACCCAGCUUACUUUUUUGUUAUUUAUAUUUUUAUAAAAUGUGUGAUAAUUAGGGAUAAGAAUAACAAACUAUCAAUGGGUGCAUCUCACCAUUCACUAGAGGCAUUAGCUAAUCCAAGUAGAAGGUGCUACAAACGUAAAGAGCAGGAAAGAAAGAACCCAUUUAUCUCUCUGACCUCCAGUUUCUUUUCCCAGAACCCAGCUAAAAUAUUUACCCAUGUGCUCUACCACUCUUCUCAUCUUUGUUACCGCAGAAUAAUAUUAGGCCUCUCAUGUCAUGUCACGUUUCUGGAGAUGAACAGGGAUAUCCAGCUACUAAAACUCCAAAGUUCAUCAGAAACCAAGAAGCAUACAAGUCUGGUGGAGUUGGGAAUGCCCACUGAGAAACGUUUGCUGUUAGCAGUAUAACGACACUCUGAAACCUAAGCAAAAUUAUAAUGCAAGAGGACUUGAGUGAUGGGUGAAAGGAAAACGGAAGCCUUAAAAAGUUAGAUCUUCUGUAGCAAGAUGUGUAAAGAAAAAGUUAUACUUACUCCUUUGGAACACUCAUCGCAUUUUUAACAGUUCUUUUAUGUGUUAACGUUUAUUUUAUGAUCCUCUCUUUUAUUUCAAGAGCUGCGCUACAUGUAAUACUUCAAACUCUCAAAAUGUUCUAUCAAUUGAGUUUCCAGGGUAUCCUUGAGAAAAAAAAAAUCUUGCUUGUUUAAAAUGCCAGUUGUGAUGUUGUAAACAGUUUAAGAAAUAUGAAUGUGAGUGGUGAGUAAAUCUAAGUUUAAAUGGUUAUGUUAAGGUAAAGGUGAACUGUGGUUUACAGUUGUAUUUUUUUAGAACUAUUUUUCUAUGCAGUAUCAGUUACGGCAAGAAAAAGCUUCUUGCUUGCUUCACAUGUAACAAACACGAUUCAAGAGGUAAUUGAUUUCCAGCCAUGGAAUAUAAGGAAAAUAACAUAUUUUCAAGCCUCUCGCUAUUAUUAGAGAAGUGGUGACUACCACAAUCCAGAGGCUUUGGUUUAAAAUAAACUAAAAUAGAAAUAUUCCACUUCACCUACCUUCCAGAGCCACCCGAGCAACCCAGCACUUAGAAGUCUUCAGGUGAAGACGCAAUAAGAUAUGUAACCCAGAGACUCCGACUGCAAGGUUUGAAAGCUCCUCUGUACUACUUUAGGUCAAAACAGUGUUAACACACCGAGACAGACAGCCGCAUCUACCACAUUUCCUGUUUACCUGCUUUAACAAAUGCAAUGUAUUUAAUGUAUUUAGCCAUAGGCAGAACAGCUAUUAAAUUAUACUCUAGCACUUUGGUUCUUCACCCGAUGAGCACUUUAAAUCCACGUCCCACACACCCUGCAGCCUGACAGAUGACUGAAAACGUGAAUUAUCAUAGGUUAUGCAGACCUGACAUUGCUUCUAAUCUGUUUUGCUUUGGUUCUAUUUAUUUCUUUUCCUUUUCCUUCGUUGUUUUCCUACAGUGUGUAGUAUGAAGCAUGAGUUCUGUCUUUGGAGCACAGCUGAUAAAGCGUGGUUAGCUUCAAGAUGGGAAUCUUUAGAGAUGAGGUUUUGAGAUGUUUCUGUGAGGAGAAAGCCCUGUAAAUCGAGCCUGAUAUCUGGUAUAUACUUUACCAAAUAGCCUUAAACUAUGUUUGGAAGCAAAAACCAAGACGAAUGUAUAUCCCUCAAAAAAUAGAAAAAAAAAGAAAAAAAAAAAAAAGAAAAAAAAAAAAAGAAAAAAAUCCCUGAAAUAUUCUUUAUCUAUAGAUAAAAACAUUAUCUUUCCCAUCCUUCAUGUUUUCAAGGCAUUUUCUAUUAAGGAAAGAGCUGAAUUCUGGGUAAGGUACAAUAUCAAUGCUAAUUCCUAUAUUUGUUUUACUAUUUUAAAUACAAAUGUACUUGCAGACAUUGGCAUCUUUAGUGUUGAAAACUAAUAUAUUAUUUAAUGUGGAGCUGCUGAUUAGAAAUAUCCACAUAAAACUAGAGCCUUUCCUAGAUUAAGGAAAUUUAAAAUAGGCAUACACACUUAUAUAUAUAUAUACAUCUAUAGCUGCUGUAUACAUAUAUGGCAGCUGAUACAUUUUCUCUGAUUUCCCUUAUGCUUCACACAUGACUUACUUGCUUGAAAACCCCCCCUGCAGGGACAGGUCAUGCUAUUAAGACAAGUUAAAUCUGAUCCUGCUGGUAACUAGACCUUAUGGAGACAAAUGGUGAAAAAAAACCCACAAAGAUUAUAGAUUUAUUUAGAUCCCAGUUGACUUAAUAAUGCUGACUUGGAGCAGUCCAUGUAAGUUUUUAAUUGAGAAUCAUAUUUUGAUAAUUUUUAUAUGUUACCAUGAUAGUGGAUGUUCUCAGGCAAAACUAGGCCUGCAGAAAUGAUGCCAACCCUGUAUUUUACCAUAUUUCUCAUGCCAUUACAAGAAAAUGUUCAAUAUAAGUUUUGGAUACGUGUGAUUUCUUUUUGUUCCACCUUUGUUCUAAAAAAGAAGAAAGAAAGAGAAAAAAAAAAAGGAAUCAAAAUUAAAUUAGAUGCAAAUUAGAUGCUUACUGAAAGAUUUGAUAAUAUGUUAUCUGUGCAUGUUAUAUUUCAAAGUGCAAUAUAUUAAAUUCUUCUACAGGUAACAUUCUAUCAUUACAGGCAGAUAAGCCAUUUCUAUCUACAUACUGUACAUCCGGUUCAUUUAGAAAAAUAACAUUAUGCUUAUCAUACUUGUGUUGCAGAUAAAUCAAAUUGCUUCGGUCCCCAAUGUGAGAAACACCGCACGUGGUACCUUAACAUGAUCUUAACAGAUCAAUUGUAAUCUGACUCCCCAGCAUCAAAAUAAGAUUAGUUACAAAACCAGCAUAGGAGGAACAUAACUAAACACUAAGAGAGAAAGUAGAAUACUUUCUGUUAGUGGACAUCAUGGAGUACAUCUGCACAGAACAGCUGGAAAUAGCAUUUAAUUGAACACAUUAAUUGGACUAGUAUUUAUUUUCACUGAUUAAAAUUAUAGGAAGUCUCCAUUCAUUUCUUCAUUGCCUGUAAAACACAAGUAUAAUAAACAGAAUUGUGAGGAUUUAAAUAAAGAAAAACCUGACUGGUGAAAUUGUUGGUAUCUGCCAUACUUAUUUUUGCUUUGUACAUUUUUUUUCAGAUUUGAAAUUCUUUGUAAAUUGGUGAAGUAUAUUAUGGAGUGUUUUAUUAUUUCUUGUUGACCUGAUUGGAAUGGCCUUUGGCAGUGUGCAAAGACUAAUCAUGUUGUAUAGUUUAAUACCAAAAAAUUACAUUUUAAUUUAUGCUUAUACCUUGUCACUAUGUUAGACUUGAGAUAACCAGGAAGGAAUUAAAGCGUGCAUAGGAA